AUGAAUUUGAUCAGGAUGCAGGAAAAGAAAUGCUUUCUGGGGAGACCUCCAGACCCUCUUGAUGGUGCAAACCAGAAACAAUUGUUCUUCAAAGCUGGUUCUGGUCUUUUGGGGGGUUCAUGUGUAUUUUCAUCUUGGAAUAUUAGAAAUGUAAAAGUUCAGAGUCAGCGUUACAACCCUUCACCCAAAUCAAAUAACCUCUCUUUUUCAUCAGGAAUGUUUACCUCAACUUUGGACAGAACCAUAAUCUGCAGCCUGACUGUUUCACAGACUGAGGGAGUUUGUUUCUGGAGUCAAUGUUUUUCUGUCCCCUCCUAUGUGUUCAGAGUAACAUACACGCACAAACACACACACACAUGCACAUACAUUCAUUCUGUGUCUGUAAAUUGGAGCAUCCGGAAUGUAAUGGGAGGAGGGAGAAAGAGUUAA